CAGCAUGCACUGGGCACAGGCCUGGCGGCAGACAGGCAGGGAUCAGAGUAAGGUUACAAAAUACGGCUCCACUCUCGACAACCUCCCGUGUAAAGUUUACACCAUGAUACCGGACCUUAAGUUCUCCGUCCAGCCCCUCUCUGGACUUUAACAACAAAACUUGGAGAAGAUUUACCAUGACACUUUGGAUCUACACAACAACAACGCGAAACGUUUGUGGUCGGAGCAGCAGGGGUUAAAAUGACGAUGCUGAAUCAUUUCGGCUGGAGACUUGUACGAUUGAUGACCAUGAGGGGACCCAUGGUGGUCCGGAUGGCAAAGUUCAUGAUUUUCCUCGGAACAUCCUUGCUUCUUUUCGUGUUUUAUCAGAUACAUAGGUAUUCAGGACAAAUGAACUUCUCCGUCAUUGCCAAGACACCACGUGCAGGAGGUCAAAGUAAUAGUUACGACCUUCCGAAGUUUCUAGUGGACACGCCCAACUGUAAACUACCAAAUCUCGAUCCUUUUGAUUCAUCUGUUGUUAAAUAUCUCCGUCAAGGGGCAUUAAUAGAGUGUGACCGUUACUUACCGUUAACUUAUGAAAAUGGAUCGCGAUUAGAAAUAAAUUGGACUGCCAUAAUUAAUUCCAAAGACAGGGACUAUUUUGAUCAUUGCAAAUAUCAGCCAAUCAAUCGUCCCCCAUUCAUAGAGGAAAAUAACUAUUAUAGGUAUCUCGAGGAGAGUGUCGCGUUUAAUACCUCCCAAAUAAUGCAUUACGACUUCGUAAGGGUGAAGUGUUAUAACAAAGCUGGCGGUUUGAUGUAUACGAAUUUCCACCAGUUCGUCCGACGCAAACCAAAGCUUGAUCGGAAGUGCAAGAAAACGUUCUUGAAACACCUACAGGAAACAGGCGUGAAGGAAUCGCUAAACGUGGCCAUGAUUGGUGUGGAUUCCGUUUCUAGGCUGAAUUUCCUUCGUUACAUGCGACGGACUAAAGCGUAUCUGGAGAACACGCUAGGCGCCAUAGAGAUGAAAGGCUACAACAAGGUGGCCGACAACACUUUUGUAAACAUCGUUCCCAUGACGCUGGGGAAAUUCUUGGAAGAGGUCCCUUGGAACGAGACAUUAAAUACCAUCCCGUUCGACAAAUAUGACUUUAUAUGGAAGCAGUUUUCAAACCGUGGCUUCCGUACUCUGUACGCCGAAGAUCAGCCCGCGAUUGCCAUAUUCGAUUAUCUAAAGGAAGGAUUUUACCAACAACCUGGUGAUUAUUUUAACCGCCAUUUUAGUCUCGCAAUGACAAAACAGAAACGACUGUGGUACAACGAAGGCAAAUGUAUAGGGACAAAGCUGGAGACACAAAUUAUACUUGAUUAUUUAAAAGAUUUUAUGUUAAUGUAUAAAAAUCGUCCAAAUUUCGCGUUUGCUUUUAUCACAGGGUUAACACAUAACGUGCUAGAGCACACUGCAGUCGCGGACAUUCCUUACCUGACGUUGCUCACAAAGUUACACGACGAAGGGGCGCUAAACAAAACAGCUGUGAUAUUCUAUAGUGACCACGGAAUUCGAUUUGGGAAAAUUAGAGAAACUUAUGUCGGCAAAUUGGAAGAAAGAUUGCCAUUUAUGUAUGUGAUACUUCCAAAAUGGUUUUUAGAAAAAUAUCCGAUCAUAGCCAAAAAUCUGAGAACAAAUUCAAAUCGCCUUACAACACCUUUUGACAUCUACGAGACAUUGCGAGAUAUUCUGUAUUUUACAGGGAAAACCAGAACAGUUCCCACGGAACAGAGAGGAGUUAGCCUCUUCGACGAGGUACCAUUCUUCCGCUCGUGCCAAACGGCGGGAAUUCUUCCCCACUGGUGCACUUGCCCGAUACACCAGACACUGUCAACAUCUCUGUCCCAGGUUCAGAACAUCGCAGUCAACAUUGUACACUCCAUCAACAAACAACUGGACGGCUUCUCGGAUAUUUGUGCCCGCCUUAACCUUGACAAAGUGCUCAAUGCUACCAAACUUAUUCCGUCUGACAAAGUGUUGCGUUUUGAGCAGAGCAAAAAUGACGUCAUCAAUCGAUACGUCAAAUAUGGCGAACGCGCGAAAGCAUUCGUAGAUUUCCAGUUGACAGUGCGUGCUCGUCCGGGCAACGGUCUGUUUGAGGCUACUGUCCGGUACGAUGAGCGACGAGACGAGUACCAGAUGCUUAGUGACGUCAGUAGAAUUAAUUUAUACGGGGACCAAUCGAAAUGUAUAGAAAAACACAAAUUAAAAAAGUAUUGUUAUUGUAUAAAUCACGAAUAA